UCAAAUUUUCUAAGACACAUGCGAAUUCACUAUGGAGAGAAGUCUCAUAAAUGUGCUCAGUGUGGAAAAGCAUUUUCAUUCUCCUCACAACUGAAAACACAUGCUAAUACACACUGGAGAGAAGCCUCAUAAAUGUGCCCAUUGUGGAAAAGCAUUUACAUGUUCCCCACAGCUGAAAAUACAUAUGCUAAUACACACUGGGGAGAAGCAUCAUAAAUGUGCCCAGUGUGGAAAAGCAUUUUCCGAUAACUCAAAUUUUCGAAGACACAUGCGAAUUCACUAUGGAGAGAAGUCUCAUAAAUGUGCUCAGUGUGGAAAAGCAUUUUCACAGUUUUCAGAUCUUAAAAAACAUAUACUAAUACACACUGGAGUGAAGCCUCUUAAAUGUGCUCAGUGUGGAAAAGCAUUUUCAUGCGUUUCACAUCUUAAACGACAUAUGCUAAUACACACAGGAGAGAAGCCUCAUAAAUGUGCCCAGUGUGGAAAAUCAUUUAAACGUACCUCACAUCUGAAAACACACAUGCGAAUACACACUGGAGAGAAGCCAUAUGCAUGUGUAGAGUGUGGAAAAACAUACACUAGGUCAUCAGGUCUGAAAUGCCAUCAGCGUUUGCACAGUGAAGAAAAGGCCACGUAAAUGCUUGAAUUCUCAAGUCUGAAGUUUGCAUUUGUCAAUUGAAUAUGUUGAUACUCAUGCCAGUGUGGAAAAACUUCUAAACAAGCUGGGUCUUUAAAACGUCACCUGAUAGUACAUGGCAGGGAAGGUCCACAUAAAUGUGCCUGACCUCUUAUACGUUUACAAUAUGUCAAGGCAUCUUCACUGGCAUUUUCAAAUGCAAAUACAUACUAUGUGGGAAAACAUUUACAAGGUCAUCAACUUGUGUAUGUGUAUGUGUGUGUGUGUGUGUGAAACACAUAGCGGAGAGGCUGUGCAUAGAAGCAUCUGUAAGCCGUAGUGGUCUGAAAAAGAAUAUGCUUUUACAUAAUAUCUCUGAUAAAGCAUUUAGAUACAGAUCAAGCCUUAAAAUGCAUUAAUUGAAAGGUACAACAAAACAGUCAUAUAUUUUCUCGCACACACACACACACACACACACACACACAGAGGCAGGACACAACAGG